AUGAUGGCUGAACACAUAGACAAAACUCGAUUAAACAACGAUAUUCGUUAUCGUUUUGAUUUUAUAUCAAAACUUAUUGACUUCAGUCAAGAUGAUGUAACACGGCUCAAUUCAUUGGCACCAAUUAUAACUCCACUUCUUCCAGUGGUCAUUGAUUCAGUUUAUAAAAAAUUGUUUGCAUUUGAUACAACAAAGCGUUAUUUUCAAGUGCGAAAUGAUGGUUUUGAAAUGUUUACACCAAAUAAAGAACUAGGUAUAACAUUAGAUAUUGUUCAAACAGAAUUUCGAAAAGAUAUGUUAAGCGUUUAUUUAAAAAGUAUAUUAACACAGCGUGAAUGGAAUGAUUCAUUUCUUGAAUAUUUAUCAAGAGUUGGACAAAUACAUACAAAUAAAGGUGGUUCAGCAUCGAUUAAUGUUGAUUAUAUUUAUAUGAAUGCUUUAUUUUGCUUUUUGGAACAAUUACUAAGCGAUAUUGUUUGGAAUUCAGAAGGUCUUCAAUACAAUGACAAACGUGAAGGUAUGCGAGCAAUCAGUAAAUUUGUUUGGAUACAAAAUGAUUUACUUACAAUGCAUUUUUCUUCAACAUGGAACAGUGGUAGUACAUGCCAGAGCAUACCGAUUGCUAAAUUAACUAAAUGCCUUUUUAUAUAA